AUGCCGUUGGGUUUGAUAAUGGGGAUUGCAAGGGCAAUGAGGAGGAAGCGGCAUUCGUCACUUGACAUUCUUUCCUCCAAAAGGGCUCCGCGCAAUUACUACAAGGGCAAGAACUGCAAGCCGACCGGUGGUUAUGUCAUCGUGCCCGAGAAGUUGCCGAACUCCGUAGUCUAUUUGAGUGACUUAAUGCCAAGUCUACUAGAUGCUGCAACUGAAUGAAUUAAUACUGUUCCAUGCUGUUUAUUUCCGGUCACUUAUCAAACUCAGCUGUUGAUUUCUUCUAUAAACUUAUGUAUAGAUGUUCCAAAUACCAAUUGUAGCUAAAGGUGUUGCCUUCUGUAGAAGGGUUAGAACUUAGAAGGCUGCAGGUUAAAUUUUUGUACAGGUCAUUCAGAGACUAAUCGUUGAAGUUGGC